AUGGAAGAUGUGUCAGUAACUGAUAAUUUAGGUAAAAGUGAAAAAGUAAGUUAUUUUUAGCAUUUUUCUGUGUUUAGAAGGAAGAAAAAACCAAGAAUGAGACUUCUAGAAGCUUUUAUGUUGGUUCUCGAGACGUCUUUAGUUCUAAAAGACGGAGUACUUUGAGUAAAAUCCACAUUUACAGCGUUCGGAGGGCCCAGCUAGUCCGAAACGCCGAAAGACUGAAGAAGAAGCUAAUAAGAACGAUAUCUCAGCGAUUCCUGGCGCGGAAGCGACUUCAGCUUCCAUUACAGACAGUUCAACGUGCAAUUCAGCCUUGCAAAAAACUUCAGAACCCCAAAAACCACGUUUGAAGACCACUUCCGACAAGGAGAUUGAGGCAUUUUCUGCAACAAUGCCGACGAAAAUUGUCUUCAACAUAAAGAACGGUAGGUGUUCGACCAAUGUUUUUUUGAAGUUUAAUCUUUAGGGAUCCGAUAUUGCUCACCGUAUUGGGGAAUCUACAAAACUGAGACAAAAGGAAGAUGGGUUGGGCGAAGGCUGGUGGAGGUGUUCCAAACCGAAUUCCUCUCGUUCAACCCGGAUUAUAUUGUGAGUAAUUGGCAGUGAUGGGUAAAAUACGAGCUACAUUGUCAGUGGAUACAAAAAAAAUAGCCGGAAAUUUAGUGCUUACUACCAUUUUUAACCUUAUUUUAGGUAUCGGAUAUUGAAAACUUAGAUUUUUUUGAAAAUCAAAAAUUUCUUAAGUGAAAGUUGUGGAUUUGGUAACAGGUAGGUUAUAAAUGGUCAUGAAAGAGAUUCUAAAAUUGUUUUGACGACUUUUCGGACCAUUUUUUAAUCUUACUUUUGCUUCGAAAACAAAUCUUGGCCGAUUUUCGAAAUUUUUUACAAUUUUUACGUAAAAACUUCCUGUCUGUCGCAAAACAAAGUAAUUUCAAGACGAUUACGAGCCAUUUUCUUCUUUAUGUUACAAUAUGCCCAUUUCAGGUGGCCGCUGUGCGCCGGGGCCGAGUCCUAAUCAACGGAAAACAAAUGACCAAUUUGGACCAUUUGUUAAAACUAGGCGAAAAAAUCGAGCACAUAGCCCACAGACAUGAGCAUCCCGUCCUAGAUGUCCCGAUAGAAAUCCUCGCCGAGACCGAUGACCUGCUCGUUGUGAAUAAACCGUCUUCAAUGCCGGUUCAUGCCUGCGGAAAUUACAAAAUCCAUACGGUACUGGGGUUACUGUGGAAGUUACAUGGAAUUGCUGGACUCAGAGGUAAGCGGGGAUUGUGGCACUUUUUUUGAGAGUGAUUUUGAGGGUGGUUUUACGGGCUACCACUUUGAAAAUUUGGGGAAUUUUUUUGGGGGAAAAUAUAAUAUAAAGAAGACCCAAAAUGCAAGAAUAUGGGCUCAGCGAAACUCCGGUGGCUUAUUUAAGGUUUUUUUUAAACGAAAAAUUGAGAAACUUUCCAAAAAUUUCGGACUGAUAUCAAGGGUAAUAUAAAUCUUCUCAGAAAACAGGCCCUAGAGGAGCUACAACUAUUAUGUACGGACGUAAUCUCUCAUAAAUAACUUGGCUACAAAUUAUCUACAAUAAUAUGGACGUUGAAACACGGUUAAAAACGUAGUUAAGACCAGAGCACAACUAAAAAAGAAUAUUAUUAGAAUCUGAACGUCCUCAACCAUCAGAGGAAGAUAAGACGGACUUUGGGGACAUGCUUUUGGGACACGGUUGGAGACGACAAUACAAUUCAUUGUAAAUCCACACAAAAAGAACCAAUUAUAACAAUAAAAAAGGUGCGAAAUUGGGCAUGGUCUGCACUCUCUGCAGACGGCGAAAAAUACGAAAGGGGAAUUGUUUGAGUAAAGUAGAUUUGAAGCAGGGGGAAAAGUUUUCACAAUACAACCUACAGAUUUUGAUGGGAAAUUUUGAUUGAAGUUUUCCAGGACUCAUCCAAAGUUUUUCGCUCCCGCUUUGCGGAAAUUUACGAGAUUUUUAGAUCGAAAGUUACCAAAAAAUGUCGAUUUUUGAACUGAAAAAUUGAGGUUUUGUUCGAAGUGUGGAGGAGAAUGUUUCUACAAAGAAUCAUUUUUUCCGCAAAAGAAAUAACAUAGAUAUGUCUGACAAUGCUCUUUUUCUCUUUCCGUUUCUCCUCUUUUUCCCGUCUCUCGUCUGCAAAGAGCGAUCCAAGAUCCUGCAGACGUGAGACGGGAAAAGGAGGAGAAACGGACAGAGAAAAAAGUAUUUCCAACCACAUCUAUGUGAUUUCUUUUGCAGAAACGAUCAUUCUUUGUAGAAACGACGUCCUCUACGUUUCGAACAAAAUCUCAAUUUUUCAGUCCAAAAGUCUAAUUUUUAGGUACCUUUCGACCUAAAAAUCUCGCAAAUUUCUGCAAAACGUGAGUGGAAAACUUCGGAUGCGUCUAGAAAAUCGAAAUUAAUCCAAAUUAACGCCAAAUUUCAUCAGAAUCUAUGGGUUGUAUUUUGAGAACUUUUCUCACUGCCUCAACUUUAUUUUAUUCAAAGAAAUUUUAGUGGUAACUAUAAUUUUCCGAGCUAAAAAUUUCAGAACAUACCCGAGAAUUUUUUAGCCUAGAUUUGCGCCAUUUCAUUAAAACUGUGGUUUGUUUCUCUAGAGAAUUUUGUUGAUAAAGCUAUAAAUUAUAGACAGUUUUCUUCACAUUUCUGUCUCGGAACACACGCAAUGGUCUACAAAUAUUAUUUUGUAAUUCCACCAUGCAAUGAAACGAGUACGUAAAAAUGAACUCGAAAUUAUUGAAUAUCACGGCCACAUGAAUUAAAGGAAACAUUUUUUCGCUUGAAAACCCUUCCUUAUCCUACAAUAUAAAAUUAAACGCUUCCCCGGCUUUCCGACGAACCUCCAUGAAACUUUUGGCAGGACUUUUUGUGUGACUUCUUCAGGGAAAACCUCGCCUUAUCUGAUCCAAUCUUUAACGCGGUUUGGCUUCACGAAAAUAACACGUCAGAAUUGUUUCAAAAAUCCCCAGAAAAGAAGGGCGUUAAAAUAGUAGUCGAAAAAAAUUAUAAAAAUAGUCCGGAUGUUGUCAGUGGACUUUUAGCUACACUAGAUGUUAUAAUAGAAAAAAGAAAAUUUUAAUUUUCGUUCACUACUAAUCCAGUGGCAAAAAACGUACAAUUUUGCAUCCGGGAAGUAUCGAAAAAUGUAGCAAAAUGUCUCCGUCUCCAAGAAAAAAACCUUUUUGAAAGGCGCGCCCUUUCCCUCACAAAAAUUGCGGGCGCGCUUUUGAAAUUGGAGUAUUUUCACUUGGAGAGGGAAGCAUUUUGCCACAUUUUUGAUACUUCCCGGAUGCAAAAUGGUACGUGUUUUGCCGCAGGAUGAAGUCUGUCACUGUAGAAGGCGGAAGUCAAAAAAAAAAAACUAUUUCGUUCAGGUACAAAUUUAGAGAAGUUCUCACAGUUUGAUGUGUGGCUUCUGACGGGUAUUAUUGCUUCUCAACAACAAAAGCGUAAAAAAUUAUUUUUAGCUCAUUUUUGAGAAAUUACAAAAAUUUGUAGAGGUAUUUCUGAGCUAAAAUACUAAAAAUUUUUUUUCCUUGUAGUCAAGUUUUUUUGCUUUUGACUCACUAGUUGAAAUAAGGUUCUUUGAAACAACGAGACUCAUAAUUCGAGCAUCAAAAAACAACCAAAGGAAAUGAAUUUAGUUUUGGGCUUCCUGUCUGUUUGUCGACUCAUUCCUCGGCCAAAUCUUUAUUGGAGAUCAGAUAUCAAUACUUGUCAAACUUUUUGAGCGUGAGAAAAAAAUAAGUGAAAAAUUGUAAUUUGUGAAAAGUUUUAUGGGAAACUCGAAAGAUGAGUUAUAGAAUCAGUUAAAAAUGAAGUAUUACGCCGUUACAGGAGGUCGGAGUUCUAAACACUUCAACUUUUUAACAUCCGCCGAGGAUUUGAGAUUUGCACAUCUCUUUUCAUAAAUUAUUGUUCCCCCAGCGAUUAUAUUAGGCUAGAAAAAGAAGGAGGAAAUGACAUGUAAGAGGACGUCUGGAAUUACAAACGGAUUUCGCAGAGAGUGUAAAUUUGGUUAAGGAAGCUUGAGGACGCAUUGAGGACAUCAAGUUAUAUAUUAUCCAUGACGAAAAGCGCGGUUUUUUUGCCUUAUUUUUCGUUUUUCUAAUUAAAAAUAAGGGUAGAUAGGGAAAUAAGACUACAUUUUGUUGAGGAGACGGCUUUAGAGACAUUGCGGGGAUUCUCAGAAAAGUUUGCGUAAAUUUUUUUGACUUUUUGACUAAAAUUCAAAAAAUUUAAAAAGCAUGCGAGCUAGCUAAAAGCCUUAUUAAAGCAGCUAAUUCAAUUUUUGUUAAUAAAAUGCGUCGAAAUGACGGAUUUUCCGCAUGUUUGUGGAUAAAAUUUACGUGUUGUCGCAAGCCGGAAAACAAGGUUUAAUUGACGUGAAAUGGAUUUUUUUCUGCUUACAAACCUCCACACCCAUCUUACAUAUUGUAUUUACCACUGGUAACCCAUCUCCCCCACCCCACUAAAAGCAUGUCCUCAGGGCCGAACGUCAACCAGACGAAAAACAAUAAAUUUGCCGCCGCUUUUCGAUGACUUAUAUUUAUUGACAAUCCCUUGAUAGACUCCGAAAAGAACUCCCGCGGAACUGUUAAAUAUCACGGCAUGCAAAAAACGCAAAAGUUGAAUUCCUCCGCCUUGUACGGGGCCCUUAUUUUCAUGCAAUUUAGUCUGAUGCGUGAGAAACCGGAAUCGAAUUUCCAAAGUUAAGAAAUGACGGUACGUCCCUGUAAAUGGCUCUCCACUCGAUUAGAAGCAAGUUAUUAAACAGCUGAUCAUGUUUAUGGGAAUGAGCUUUGAAUUAGUCAUAAGAAUUAUGAGAUAAACAGAUAAAUUAUAAUGAGAAAUGGGGUGAUUUUGCGUUGAAAUGCAAUCAACCCUCUGUAGAAUGAAUUUCAAGUGAAAACGGACCGGAAAUUUCAAGAGAUCCCAUUUUCUUCGAAGAAGAUUGGUUUUUCUUAACGGGAAAUUCAACGUACUGCUUGAGGAAACUUGGCAGAGAUAAGAAUAUCAGAUUUCGAAAAUAUAUGAGGUCUUUGGACAGUUGCCAAAGAUUUCGAAUAUUUUCUGAAGUCUGCUAUUCUCAAUCUCCGUCAAGCUCCAUCAAAGCAGUACGUUGAAUUUCUCAUUUCGAAAAAUAAAAUCUUCUUUGACAAGGAAAGUACAUUUCGGGGAGCUCCUACUUUUAUACGGAAAUAUCUCGAAAAAUACGUAAAAUCAUGCUGAUUAGGAAUAUGCAAAAAUCAACGGGUUUUGCAUAUUCUUGAUCAGCACAAUUUUUCGAAUUUUUGAGAUAUUUCUAGUCUAAAAGUGGGAGCCCCCAUCAAAGUACUUGUGAGCAGAACAGGGUCUGAGUUCCGCGGGUUUUUAUCGACCAUAGUUGGUUACGGACGUAAUACCAGAAUUCGUCUUACGCACAAGCAGUAAACAACUACUUUAUAGAGGUCUUUGACUGUCUCUAGUUUUACUGCUUAUCGUUUUCCGGGCGAGAGUAAGGGCUGGGCGUUCUUAAAAAAUUUGAAAACAUCAAUUUGAAUUUUCUUUAUUUUGUAGUUGCAUGUUGCAAGUUUUUUUAGCUAUUGUAGCGAAAACGAGGCUACCAGUUGUAUUUGUCACUAAUAUAAAUACAAAAGUUGCGAUACAAAAAUGCCGAUAAUGAUGAGAUCUACACGUCACUUUGCAAAGCUACAAUUUAAAAUACGAACAAGCCGAAAAAUGCAUACUUAUGGUAAAAUUGAAACUCAAUAUUAUUCACUCCCUCUCAGUCUUAUGAGUAAGGCUCUUCAAAAAAUUUUAUGGCCAUAUUAUAACCGCAAUCCCGCACUUACCGCGGCUUAAUAACUUUUCGAACGCCCGAACCCUCGACAAAGCGAACUGAAAUAGCGCCCGGGGCCGAGUAUUUCAGCCCCGACCAAUUUAAUUCCGCAAGAUGUUGUGCUUGAUUAGGGACCGCAAAAACCUUUGCGGGCGCAUUUCGCAAAUAGGUUUAGGGGAAAUGAUCAAGUUUAGUACGGGGCCGCGGUCACCAGCACCGUUCUCCAGGGAGAAAUGUGCAUAUCAAGAAGGGGCGAUUAAAUUUAACCGCUUAUUUUGGGCAGUUUUACUUUUCCAAGACUCCCACGUGAUGCUCAGACUACGCGAGACUUCAAUUACGCAAAGAUGGGUAAUUGAGGUUCAACUGGAAGUUCAGACAACAGAUUACAGUAGGGAGAAGAUUCUAAGAAGAGGAGGAAAAAAUCAGACUGAAACGAUUAGAAACUAAAAAAUGUAAAAAUUAUUGGGCGGAUUUUAAAUUGAAACAGUUGAAAAUCGGAACAAUGGAGCACGAUGUAGCUAAAAAUUUGACUUUUUACGGAGGGUUUGCUGUAUCGAGGUCAGUUCUAGUCUGAAUGGCUGAAAGACAACCUUUAUACAACGAGCCUUCUUUAAAAAGCAAAUUUUUGCGUAUCCUGCGAUUUGUUAUGAACUCGCCUGUCGAGUCAGACAUAAUGAACAAAAUUUGAGCCCAAUUUGUCGCAUUAACCCCGCAAAAGCAAGCCCGAAAAGACAGGGUUGCCGAAGACGUAUUUCCUAGAACUGUUGUCGAACGCAACUAAUUUAAUCAGCAUCACGACUGCGCUCAACUCCCCGAAUAUCGAAUGCAGGUCCUCUCCCACCCAUAUUUGAAUACGCCCAAGGCAUUAUUUCCGGCCGGGAACGUCAGCUCCAGUUUUUCGUCAAAGUAAAAGAAUGCGGGCGAAAAGAUCGGGAGUAGGAUGAACCAAAAAGAAUGCACUAGGAAGUAGUUCCCCGCAGUCCCUGUGCCGGUAUAUGAGUAGCCCAUCUUAACUCAUUCGACAAGGCGUUAAAACCGCGGGCCCCGAGAAAAUUGGUUAAAAAUGAUGAAAGGAACGGAAUCCAAAAAUAAUACGAAAAGAGGAAAGGGAGAAGAAGAGGCCAGACGGGAAUUAGAAGUUUGCAAAAUAAUUUACAGGAUAUUAGACAUUUUCAUUCACAGUAAUAGUGUGACAGAUUCGUCUAUCUGACUGUUUAUGUCUUCAUUUUUAGCAGCGCGCUUUACAAGUGAUAUCUUGAAAAAUCUGAAGAGUUUUAAAAUUUUUAAAGUCAUGUUGAGUCAAUUUGAGACGAUUGCGCUGUCUAGAAAUCUUAAUUUCAAAAAUCGAAGGACCAACAAAAUGUAGUCCAAAUGACGAAGAGGCACGUCAACUCAAAAAAUAGUAUAAAAAUGAAUAGAUUGAAGUUGACGUGAUGUAGGAAAAGGAGCUACUAAAGAUUUUCUUCCAUCCAAAUUCAAAAAAAAGUUGUAAUUGGGCUCCCCUGCCUAGCUUCAUUCUGGCUUUCAGUUGCCACUGAAGCUUUUCAAGCCUUCCCUGAUAGACAUUGCCGUUUUUCAAGGGCUAUUACUGUUAUAGAAGGAUAAAUAAUGCUUUCAAAAUUCUUUAACUCAGCUAAGGUGAUUCUUCGAAAAAACGCCUUCCAAUUUCAGGAGAACCCAUGUAUGGCCAUGUGUAAUAAAUCGCAAGAAAAAGAAACUUAUCAACCUGUGGGGAAAAUAAUGAGACACAACGUCGCAUCGAAAAUCGCCGCUCAGAAAAUGAAUUGUGAAAAUCAAAUUGCUUUUCACUUCAGCGGCGCGAUCGACACAGCGACAUUUUUCUCAUUAUUUUCCCGACUGAUUGAUAUUUGUUAAAGACAGGUUUGAUGCUUUGGAGGUUCAUCCUGACCUAAAAUUUCUCUUUAGAGCCCCUCAAGCCGUUCGUUAUGUGCAGUUUUUGUCAAUUAAGCCUUUGUUGUAGAGCGAUUGUACUUCAUAAAUAAAAAACAUUUUUAGCAGUCUAUGUUUUGCCCGCUUUCUCCUACCGUACCAAAAAAAAGUUCACUUACCACCAUUUUCCUGGACCAAUUUAUCCACCGCACACGCUAAUCUCCGCGAGCUUUGAAUUUCAAAAAAAAAAAAAAAAACUGGAACGGAAUGCCUCUCCCUCCAGUCGAGACGCUAGUUAGACACGAAUAGCCGGAUCGAAAAUACAAUGCGCGCCGUUUUAAUUUGGUUUCCUUGACGUCCUUCAACCAAUUCACUUUUUCCGAAUGACAUGCCCGUGGUUUUCAAACCCGCAAUGUUUUGGAACUUUUUUCGGCCGCUUCCUAUCUUCUCAUAAUACCGCAAUUUUGUCGAGAUAAUUGGCCUCAUUUAGACGGAGACCUAUAUUGAUACCUUAUGGAAUCGUUACGCUAGAGGUCAUUAGGAAGCACGAACUUCCGAGUACCUUAAUGCCGGGUUACAAUGACAUAAACAAAAAUAUCACAUCUUGCAACCCCUUUUCAAAGACUGUGUUCAAUUUGGCGGGCAAGGUGUGCUAAAACCAAUUUAUCGUCAACAUCAAAGAAGAGUUGGGAAAAUGACGGGCGAUGAACAUCUGCUUCUAAUGAAUACAACAGAUAUCAUGCCGUUUUUAUGGAUAGUGCCAUUUAAACGUGCGUUUAAUGACCACACAUGCAUUAGAUUACGAGUGCGUACGAAAAGAGCGUACGAUAGAGGCUGUGCCGAUUUUUAUGAAGAUCUAGGUGAGUCUAGAGGCUCGUAAAGGGAUGACGAAAAACAAGAACCGAGAACCACGAAGUUUAUGACUGAACUUUAAAAGUGGGUUGAUACGUUUACAAGGGAAGGGCCCAAGAGAUUUUGGGCCCAGAUUUUCUAACGUUUGCACAUACUUUAUGCCUGUGCUGGAUGUAAAGUCUUGAAAUUUUAGCUCAUGUUUUACAAUCGCACCUGAAAUCUUCAGCGAUCUUUCUUUGAGAGAGCACGUGAAAUUAUCAGUCUGUCGGGAAAACAGUGAGGACUCUGUCGACGAUAAAAUGAAUUGUCUUGCGAUGAAAUCAAAUUGCCUUUCACUUCAACGCAUGAAGUUAUCAGUCCGUCAAUAAGGUAGUGAGCGCAAUGUCACAACGCCAAUCGCGUCGCUGAAGUGAAAGGAAAUUUGAUUUCAUCGCUAGACGAUUCCUUUUUGCGGCAACGAUGCGACAGAGUCCUCACUAUUUUCCCGACACACUGAUAACUUCAUGUGCACAUGCAUGUGCUUAAUCGAGAGAACGAUCGCUAAAGAUUUCAGGUGCGAUUGGAUAACAUGAGCUAAAAUUUCGAGACUUUACAUGCGGCACAGGAAUUAAGCUGGCGUAGGAAGUUGAGGGCUAAAUAUAAGCCCUUAAGAAUUCCCCAGAUUAUUGCUAAAUUACAGUGAGGGACGGGAUCCAAUGGCAAAAAACGACUUAUUUUGCAUCCCGGAAGGGACCAAAAUGUCUCCAAACCCUUCCCUUCUCUAAGCUAAAAAACGCCGAUUUGAAGAGCCCGCCUUGAAGGAAAGGGCGCGCUUUUCAAAGCGGAGUUUUUUGGCUUAGAGAAAGGAAGGGUUUGGAGUCAUUUUGGACCCUUCCGAGAUGCAAAAGGAGACGUUUUUUGCUAUUGGAUCAGGUCCCUCACUGUAAUAUGGUCCAAGUUCAAAGGCUGAUUUCAUAAAUGAUACACAGAUAACACAUGGUUCCAGACUAAUGAGUUUAAAAAUAUGACGGCUUCCCGCCGGUUAAUUGAGCAAGAAAUAACACUAAGAAAAUUGAAAAUCAAACGUUAUAACGGGAGCUACGGGCAAAUGUUUAAUCUCUCGACGAGCUUGAAGUCAAUGAAGCACUUCUCUAAAAAUUAAAUUUGGCUACAAUUCCUGUCGAAUCCAGGCUUGUGAGCCCAAAAUUGCCCGCUAAAAUAUUCGGGAUUUCGCCUCAAGCUUACCAUUUCUUAUUCUGCGCGGAACUUGUUUAAUAUGCAAAUUGCAUAAAAUAGAACGCGUUGAAUGAAUUCGUGGGUUAAGACUAGGAUUAGCAAGAGGAUUUGACGAGAUGAAAUAAAAGUUUUCAGUAAAAGUUUGGUCGAAAAUAAAGUUCGAUGGAAAUGAACCCUUGGAACCGCAGAUAGACGGAGUUUUAUCUGUUUAUCCGGAAGACGAGUGAACUUAUUAUUAGAUAAAUAGCCCCAUUACUCGAAUCCGUGGACCGGAAGGAAUUGAAGUAGAUUUUGCAAGGCUUUUCGAGAUGCACUUGCGUUUUUUUUUCAAUUUGCAUGGAAUGGGUCCCAAGUGCAGGUUUCGUUUUAGUUUUGCACCAGAUUGGAGACUUGGCGUAUCGAUUUAUCGACUCGUGAAAGUUUCAGCUCGCGCUUUGCAGGCACAGCCGAGAUAUUCAAAGAUCUUUGCGGCCCAUAGAGUACGCGAAACUUCGAUCAAAAAAUCCGCAAAAAAGUGCCACGAUUUCCCCAAAUUUUGGCUUGAAAAUGCCGGUUAUUUCUGCAAAACGCGAGCGAGGAGUUUCGCAUGUAUUUGGAAAAAAUUAAUCUAAAUUUGAACAAAGUUUUAUCAAGAUUUAAGGGUCGCGCUUUGAGAACUUCCCCGUUAAUUUUAACAAUCUUACAGCUAAAGAUUGCUUUUAGAAGCAAGCUUUAGCUCUGUCACAAAAAAAUUUUAAUAAGAAAAUAUUAACUCUGCAAAUAAUCCGCCCUGAAAUUGCCAAAAUUCUCAGUCUUUGACCUAUUUGCCCAUGAAAACGUGUGAUAGUUUAUAGGUCGAAGAAAAACAUGACGAAAAGUCACUUGAGACGCUGGCGAGCGUCACGUUUUAUCUAUCUUCACGCCAAAAUGGCUAAAAGUUAGAAAUUCGUCAAAUGUUUCAUCCGGAAAUAGAAAUAAAAUUACUUUUUAACAGUAAUUUCGAUAUAAAAAAUAUUCAUUUUUUAGUGCUGCACCGAUUGGACCGCACAACCUCCGGGGUCUUGCUCUUCGCAAAGAACUUGGAAGCGGAUCGAUAUGUAAGUUUGCAAAGAGAUCACUACAACCGCGACCUUUCGUUUAUUUUAAAGUUUGGUGAAAGUACUCUAACUUGGCCACAGUUUAUUCAUAGAAAAUUUUAGUCCGCGGUUUAUAAUGACCACCGAGAUAUUGUGCUCUUUUUGCGAGAGAUUGCAUAAAAUGAGGAGAGUCGGGCAGACGAAAAAGAAAUUUUGUUCAUAACUUUUGGAAUUUUCUCGGAAAAGAUGAUUGUUAGAAGAAGUAUUGUGCAUCUUACUUGUAACCAAGAUAAAAAAAUCGGGUCCACCUUGCCGUAAUUUAAAAAAAUGGACCCAGGUAAAAAAAAGUUUUCAAAAAAUGGGCCCCUCUCACCGUAAUUUUCAAAAAAAAAAAAAAAAAAAAUUCGGACCCUCUUACCAUAACUUUCAAAUGCCCCCUCCAUUUUUUACCCAUCUAAAAAUUUCCGAUAACUUUUGCCUAAACUUGACCGCCUCGCCGAUCUUUGGCGUCCCCCUUUGAAGUCCACGUUCGCAAUUCCAACACGAACCCGACGAGAGCAAUAUAAUGUUUGUUGAAAUUUUAGCAUUUUGAUGAAAAUUGUGGGGCCGAAUAAAAUAUCCCAGAAAGGCGACGCUCCAGACGAGAAAAUUUCCUCGGGUUUCUCGAACUUUUUUUGCACCGGAAAUUGCCGAGGAAUAGAAAAAAGGCCAAACUCUAUAUCUGGGACCACUUGAUUUGAAUAAAUUAGAAUAAAGUCAGAGUUCAAAAAAUCUUUUUUUAAAGUCGAAAAAGAAUUAUUGUCCUUCCGGAAGGUCGCCAAACUGAAAUCGGCGACGCACUGUGCGAAAACGAAACUUUUCUUUGCACCGUGAAAUAGGCUUUUUUCAGUUGUCGAUAGAACCCUGAUUUUUUUCGCACAAUGCAGGCGUCAAAAAUCAGUCCGGCGACUUUCCGGAAGAACUGGCAUAGAGAGGGUUCGAAGUAAAAAAAAUAAAAACGCAUUUUUUCAAGGGGUGCUAGUCCGUCCGCUCUUGACCUUAUUUCGGAGCCAAAAUUUCUCACAAACAACUCAAAAAUUCACAAUCCCAGUCUUUGAUACUAGUCUAUUUGUAGUCGCUGAAGUGAUUUUUGUGACUUGCACUGGGCAGAAAAAGCAAGCCCAAAAAGCCUGUUGCACUAUGCAAAAAGCAAGAAAUUGCAAGUGCAAAGAACACUUUGAACACUUUUUUUCUCGCUGUGAAUGUCGCAAAAAUCACUCCAGUGACUCUACGAACGGACUAGUACCGAAGACUGAGAUUGUGAAUUUUCGAGUUGUUUGUGAGAUAUUUUGGCUACGUAAAGAGGUCAAGUGCAAGAUUAUCCAACGGUUUUCAAAACGAAAUGGCAAAAUUUAGGGAAAACGAAACGGAUUUUUUUGGGAUUAUCUUGGCGUUCAAGGGCUAAAAAUCCCGAAAAUCUCAAAAAUAAUUUUUAAAACUGAUCACCUCGUUUACUUCAGCCGAAUCUCCAAAUAUUGCCCAAUAUCUCGGCUGCCCUUGCAAAGCGUGGGCUAAAAUUUUUAACCAUCAGUCUUGGCCCUAUUUAGAGUAUUUUUGUCAAAGUUUACGAAUAUCCGACCGUCACACUUUGAGCACUUUACCUUUAUAUUGUUUUAGGUCAUUUCUCAAAAAAAAUUUUUUUCAGCACAAAGAGCUGAUAAAAUCGGGAAAAUUCAUCAAAGAAUAUGUCUGCCGGGUCGAUGGCGAGUUCCCAACGUACGUUUUGACAGUAGAAAAAUUUGAUUUUGCCUUUUCUAGCGAGCCAGUCGUCUGCGAACAGCCAAUUGGAACCCUGGUCGUAUCCAUGGGAAUUCAGUGCGUCCGAAAAGACGGAAAGUCCGCCAAAUCCACUUUCCGAAGAGUCUGGUAUAACAAGGAGAAGAACCAGUCGUUAGUCCUGGCUCACAUCGAAACAGGAAGAACGCAUCAAAUCCGAGUCCAUCUGCAAUACUUGGGCUACCCCAUUGUCGAUGAUUUGUUGUAUAAUUGCAAGGUUUGGGGACCAGAAAAAGGGAAAAAUGCAGAGUAUGGAAAGGAUUUAGAGACGGUAAGUUGGAGAGGGUUUUGUUUUGGGAAUUUUUUUUUUUUUUGAAAUUUUUUGAGCCCAAAAAUUUUGGUGAGGGGGGACCAAGGGAAAAAUUUUUUUCAAUUUUGAUUUGACGUUUUGCUGGUUUAGAAUAAAAUUUUCAAAACCAUUCUUGAGCAUUUGAUAUCCCGAUCUACAAAGUUCACGAGGAUUUUGGUUCAAAAAUGGUUGUAAUUUUUGAAGUUUGCAUUUUUUCGAUAAGGGGACCAAGACAAAUUUUUGAAAUUUUCGAAUUUUAAAAAUUUUUCAAAAUUAUUGUUUUCGCAAUUUUUGGCUCCUUUUUGUGAUUCAUAUUCCCUUUUUUUCAGCUCGCCGUCGACGUCAAAGCCCGCCACCGUGCAACCUUAUGGCAAGAAGAGAAGGACCCCGACUACGAUACCCGAAUUAAGGCGGCCGCCGAGGAUCCGGAUGUAAGUCAGCGAAGUGAAUCCAAUUUUAUGCCAUAUUGCACGCUUCGGUCUGUAAUCCCUACAUGCCCAGCUUCCAGGUUGUGAAUCAGGAGCCGUGGGAUACGCAGAAACUCGACGACGGCCCGGACUACGAUCCCUUGUGUUUGAGUUGCAAUGUUGUGAAGAAGACCCCAACAAUGGCGCACUUCCGCAUGCCAUUGCAUUGUUGGCGCUAUGAGACCGAGAAAUGGACGUAUAAGGCGACGUUGCCGCGAUGGGCAUGGCCCCCACCGAAGGAUGUUGUUGUAGACAUCAACCUGCUGGAAUUGUAUGAUGACAAAGAGAAGUUGGCGAAAAGUGGGCAGGCGAUCAAGAAGAAUGAUCUGAGCAGCUCGCUGGAGAAAGAGGAAGACCCGUUGGAAACCGUAGAAGGUUGUAUUCCGGUCGCCAUUUAG